UUCAAGUAGUAAAGACAAUGUUUUACAUCAAAGAUUUUCAAUCUAUAAAAAAGAAUAAGGUAUUCAGUGUCACCGACAAAAACUCGUUCAGUGUUAUUUUGUCAAGAAAUUCAGUAGAGAAAACUACUUCAAAAUACUCCAUAGCCGUUGCAGCAAAACCGUUGAUACGCUUUGCAACAGUAUUCGGAUCACAAUUGAUCAAAUACAAAAAGGGCAAAAUAGCGAAACUGAAUUUGCCAAGCAAGUUGUAUUCAUUAUUAUUUUUAAUGUUUUACAUAAUUCUAGCCGCCGUGAUAAUCAGACCAGCAAGUUGGCGAUAUACAAAUUCUGAUGCUCCAUUAAAUAUCUUGACGAAAACUUACGGAAUUGUGAACAUAGCAGAAGCUAUCUACACAGUCUUUUCCGUAGCUAUCCUUAACCCUGAAUAUUAUGUCAAAUUGUUCAACAAACUUAAUUGUCUCGAUGAACAUUACGGUGCCUCUAAAUUACUCUUUACUAGAAGACGAAUAAUCUCUUCAAUAAUGAUCGUUUUUCCAAUACUGCAAGUGCUCUCCACAAUAUGGCUAAGAAAAUUUAACUGGCAAAAUAUAGGAGCGCAUGUUUCAUUUUUCCUCAUCAUGCUGCAAGGCUGGAUCUUACUCUUUUUAGUUUUAAGUAUUUAUAUCAAGCAUUUAAUGUUGAAUGAGAUUUUAAUGAAGAGGAUUGAAAGUACAAUAUCGAAAGAAAAGAAGAUCGUAAUUCAAGAUUCACUGAGUGUUGCGCUUAUAAAAGUAAGUAUGCGCCAUCUACAUUUUAGCCGAUUCAAACACUUGGAAUAUCUCUGCUAUACUUAAGUGAUCUAAUAUAAUUGUGUGUGAUAAUCAGCAAACCGCAUAGUUUUUAUUGAAACUAUUAAUCAAAGUUGUUAAUUACAGACUAUUUGCAUGCCCUCGGCCAUAAAAAAGGAAGUAAAACAUUACUCUUGGUUUGAACUCAUGCAAAUGUAUGAUAAAUUGGGAGACUGUAUUCACCUCUUCAAUAAUAUUUACUGCGGUCAGGUAUUCAUCAUGUAUAAUUCAUGGUUAUUAUGCACAAUGCUGUUAAUUUGUCGAUCAUUAUCGCCUUCAAUUAAGAAAUGGAGUUCCGAUUUUACCCUCUUUGUACGAACCCCAAAAAGAAAACAUAAAAAUAUUCAAUAUCCCUUUUUCAAUAUCAGCGAAAGUUUACAACAUGUACUAUUAUUUCCAGAUGCUGCGUACGUCAGCCAAGUGCAAACUAUGAUAAUGUUGGUUACUUCGCGUAAACUUGAAAUAUCGGCAAACGUGUUUACAGUAAAUGUGCCGACAGUUAUGAACUUUGCUGGUCGAAUUAUAUCUUACACUGUGUUAAUGAUCCAGUACUUCUAUAACCGCGUGUUUAUGCAAUAAAAGUUUGGAAAAAGUGUUUUUUUUUAUGUUAUGUUCAUUAGACUUCAUCAGAUUUGAUUUCAUAAUUUGAGUCACUUC